CCAGAGGUUAUUGUUAUCGGUGCUGGUCCAUCUGGUAUUGCUCUGGCACACACCCUCAAACACAGAUUGGGGUUCAACGACUUUACCUUUUAUGACAAAUUGGAUGGCCCAGGAGGAACAUGGAGACAAAACACAUAUCCAGGAGUGGGCUGUGAUGUACCUACCCUGCUUUACUCGUUUUCGUUCAACCAAAACCCGAACUGGUCAAAAGAAUUAUGUGAAGGGCCCGAAAUUCUCGACUACAUGGAAGAAACUGUAGAUAAGUUUGAUCUCCGGAAGCACAUGCAGUUUGGCGUUGAAUGUAUUUCCGCAUCCUGGAACAAGCAGGGAUUCUGGGAAGUCCACCUCCUUGAUAUCAAGACACAAGUCAAAUACACCCGAACCGCUACCGUGCUUAUAUCUGCCGUUGGUGGUAUCUCGAAGCCAAGAGACAUCAAGUUCUCUGGGAUGGAAAGUUUCAAUGGUGAAAUCUUUCACACUGCACGAUGGAAUCACGAGUUUGACUACCGCGGAAAGCGACUCGCGGUGAUCGGCAACGGAUGUAGUGCAGCACAAGUGGUUCCUGCCAUCGCAAAAGAGGCUAGAUCCGUGAAGCAAUAUGCUCGGAGUGCACAGUGGUAUCAUGAGCGGCCGAACCGGAGCUUCACUUCUUUCGGGAAGUGGUGUCUGCGUAACAUUCCACUGUGGGAGCGUUACCUCCGCUUGCGCCUUUUUCUUAGCAGUGACAGCCUUGUGGCUACUUACCUUCCCGGACAUGCCGCCGAAAAGAUGCGUGCAAAGGCUGAGAGCGGCGCACGCGAAUACAUCUAUCAGACCGCGCCCGAGAAGUAUCACAAGUUCCUUGUGCCUGACUUUCCUCUAGGCUGCAAGAGACGUAUUUUUGACCCUAACUAUUUGGAAAGUCUUCAUCGCAGCAACGUCGAGUUGGCCCCUGUGGGGAUUGACCACAUUGACGAGACGGGUAUCACCGGCACUGAUGGUGUGCGGACUGAAUAUGAUGCGAUUAUUCUUGCGACAGGCUUUGACGUCCAGCAGUUUGUUGUGCCUAUGGAGGUGUAUGGUGCGGACGGUAAAAGCCUCUCGCAGCAAUGGCUAGAGUCCCGUGGUGCGCAGGCAUAUAUGGGAGUAUAUGUGCACAACUUCCCAAACUUUGGUCUGCUUUUUGGUCCUAAUACCUUUCCGGCGCAUAACUCCGUCCUCUUUGCUUCUGAGGUGCAAGUCGACUAUCUUGCUCGGACAUUGCUUGCGCCUAUUAUAGACCGCCGGAUCUAUUCCUUAGAAGUCAAGCCCACAGCGGAAUACCAGUGGGUGAACGCCCUGCAGGCUGAGCUGAAAGGAAGUGUUUUUGAAGCUGGGUGUUCUAACUGGUAUAUCAAUCCACAUGGGCGUAACUCUGCAUCCUGGCCGGGCUAUGCUUCAACAUACUGGAAAGAAGCACUCAAGUCCCAAGUUGGUAUGUUCAAGGAGGUACCUCGGUCCAAGUUAUGGAUGUUCAACACUAUGUGGCGGUGGAUCCGAAGCACGAAGAAGGAGACAUAUGGAGUGGUUCUUUUUGCUCUUACAGGACUGUUUUGGCACGAAGGAGGCAGCUUUGCCCAUCAAUUGCCGCAUAUUUAUCAGAGACUUGCAUCUUCAAUUUUGUAA